CGCCUCUGGGCAGCUUUGCAGCGCAUUGCAGAGCGCAUCGCACGAGUUGUUGACCACACACGUCCGCAUUGGUCCAAGGAGCAGCGGUGCAAACAGGUCUGUCGACGCUUUCGCCGCAAACGAUGCUCAGAUACGCCACCUGCUUCAUAUGCGCAGCGGCGCCGGAGACGUGCUCGACCAUGGGCGCGCCCUGGUUCGGCGCGAGCCCGACCGCGACGCCAUUAACGCUCCACCGCCGCGGCUGGGGCGCCUGCGCGCUGUGUGGAGGCGCCGAGCGGCUCGGCGCCGUCGUCGACGACAUCGACGCCACAGCACUCACGAGCGAGCAAGCGGCCCAGAUCUUGGAUGCGGUGCGCGCCCACGGCGUCGUCGUGCUCAAGGGCCAGAACCUCACGCGAUCCCAACAAGUCGCGUUCACGGCGGCGCUCGGCGAGGUCGUCGUCCUGCCGCACUCCUUCGAGGGCAAGGACCCGGAGCCGCUGCACCCGGCGAUUCAAAGAGUUACGAACUACUUCGCCAACGGGACCUGGAAGGGGCCCGGUUCGAAGUUCGGGGCCUACUGGCACCAGGACGGCCAGUUCUGGCGGCCGCCGUUACAUAACGUGCUCUCGGUGUUGCACUGCCAGAGCGUGCCGCCGGCGGGCGGCGAGACGGGCUUCGCAGACCUCCGCGCGGCGCUGGCGACGCUGUCGGGGCCGCUGCGCGAACGCGCGGAGCAGCGUGCCAAUCGAAUUUCGCGGCGCUUUUCCUCUCUGCACGCCAUCGACGCGACGCGUCCAACCGACUCACUGGUCGAACACAGGCGCGGAGAGCGCGAGCAUCGUCGCGUCGGUGCGGGAUAUUGCUGAUUUCGCCGCCGGCGACGAGGAGGACCUCGCAAAAUUCCCGAACGCCACCCACAAGUUCAUCCAGCCCCACGCGCUGGAUGGGGGGCCGGUCCUCUACGUCGGCAGCCCGCACAUGGUCGUCGAGGGAUUGGAAACGCAAGAGGCGGGCCGGGACCUGCUCGGCAUGGUCCUCACGCACGCGACGUCGCCGUCGUUCACGUACUUCCACGCCUGGGACGCGGGCGACGUCGUCGUCUGGGACAAUACGCAGACGCUCCACCACUCGAUGCCCUACGACCGCUCCUCGCCGGACGUCGUGCGCGAGCUCUACCGGACGCAGGCGCGCUUCGCCUGAGGCGCCGUGGUACUCCGGCUUUGUACAUAGUGCCUGUAAUAUCUUGAUGUUGAA